AUGCCUCCCUUAACCCCCCUCCAGCGGAAUCAAGUUUCCCAGUUCAUGGGCCUGACGGGUGUGCCAGAGAAGACGGCGCAACGGUUGCUCAAGGCUUCGGGUUGGAAGAUCGAGAAUGCUUCUGACAGGAACGGCAAGCUCUUUACAGGGUUCGAGGCCCAUAUGUUCUCCUACAACACGCAGCGGGCUGCUUUUUUCCUGACGGGCUUCUCUUCUAGAGAUGAGGAUUUCGAUCGUAAAAGCGCACUCCGUAUGGUCGCUCUGACGGAUGCGCUCCUAAGCACGCCGCGUCCAGAUUCUGCCACCCCCCUAUCCUUUUUUGCCGCAAAUGGGUCAGCGGCACCUGGUGCAAUGGCCACAAGAGACAGUCUAGACAAGCUUUUUGAAAGCUAUCGAGAUGCAAAAACCGACGAACGAGACACUGUCAGUGUAGACGGAACGAUGGCCUACUUCAAGGCUCUUGGCGUUAGUUUGGAAGAUGCUAGCAUGUUGGUACCUAUGGAGAUUGUUCAGGCACCUACUGUCGGAGAGAUAUCCAAACAAGGAUUUAUAGAUGGAUGGAAGGCUGUUGGUGCGGAUACAAUCCCGAAGCAAAAGGCGUACGUGAUCAAGCAAGUCAACAAAUUGAGUACGGAUAUCGAUCUCUUUAAGCGAGUGUAUCGACAUGUGUUUGUCUGUGCCAGAGAAAAGGGUCAGAAAGCCAUCUCUCUCGAAAAUGCUCUCACAUACUGGCAAAUCAUUUUCAGUCCUCCAGGAAAGCUAUGGGUUACUGCGUCAACUGAUUGGCUGAAGCUGUGGUCGGAAUUCUUGACCACUAAUUGGACUAAGAGUGUCAAUAAAGACAUGUGGAACCAGACCUUCGAAUUCGCCCAAAAGACCAUGCAGGAUGAGACGUUGAGCUUCUGGAGUGAAGAGUCGGCCUGGCCCGGUGUUAUCGACGAGUUUGUGGUUUUUGCGAAGGAAAAGAGAGGAGAUGUUCCAAUGGAGACUGACUAA